UGUCGGUGCGCGUACCGCUUUUAGAAAGUCACGUGACCGAUCAUGAGCUGUUUUGGUCACGUGACCGAUACGCGAACUGUGUCGCACUCCCGCCUCCUCUGUGCCCUGUGAGCGGGUCUUUUCUACAGUCGGAGAAAUAAUAACUAAGAAGAGACGACUGAAGUGUUGAUACCAACCAAACUAAACCCCCCCCCCCCUCUAUAUCCCACACCCCGGAUUGUAAAUAAUGUAAAUAAUUCAAUGUAUAUACUCUGAUGAUUAACUUGUGUGAUGACUGUAUUAUGAUGUUAGUAUAUAUCUGUAUCAUUAAUCAAUUUAAGUGGACCCCGAAUUAAACAAGUUGAAAAACUUAUUGGGGGGUUACCAUUUAGUGGUCAAUUGUACGGAAUAUGUACUUCACUGUGCAACCUACUAAUAAAAGUCUCAAUCAAUCAAUGAAAGAAAUCGUCUAAAAUAUUUUUAAUAAAAAUGUGUAAAAAAUUAAUUAAAAAAAAUCCCAGUCCACAAGCAUCCUCAUUCACAACACAUUCUCUUAGAUUUCCAUGUUAUUAUACAUGUUCACAUUUUUUAUUGACUGUAUCUAAAAAAGAUAAAAAUAUAUUUUUAUUUAAAUGAAGAUAUGAAAUAAUCCUAAAUGAAAUACAAUGACUUGGUUUAUAUUAUUGUAUAUACUAGGUCAUAAAAUCAGUGUCAGUUGAGUCGGUCCAUAGGUUGCCUGUAGGGAUUUUUAAUGUCCAGCAGAUGUCAGUAUUUAGUGACACAGUAUCGACACAGUAUCAAUACAGUUUUGCAAUGUGUCGAAACGCUUCAUGACGCCUCAUCAACCCAUCACUAAAUGCUACUAUUAGCAUGGACUAGUGAUGGGUCCGGCAACACCGAUGCAUCGGCGCAUGCGUCGAGUUCAUAGAGCGAAACCCUGUGUCGGUGCGCGUAUCGCUUUUAGAAAGUCACGUGACCGAACACGAGCUGUUCCGGUCACGUGACCGAUCAUGAGCUGUUCCGGUCACGUGACCGAUACGCGACCUGUGUCGCACUGACACCUGCGCGCCAAACUGUGUUUAUAAGGAAGCGCAUCUGUCAACGAGAUGCUGCUGCCAACAGAAUUCCCGCACUUCUGUCGUUGGUCAGUUCUAAUUUAUCGUCGUCGGAGAUCAUGGAGCAGCCUACUCAUGGAAAAAGAAAGAGUUCCGCCGUGUGGGAAUAUUUUGAUCAUAUAUAGGAAACAAAGGUUAAAUGUCGCAUUUGUACGACAGAAUUGUCGUACGUCAACAAAUCCACCUCCUCAAUGCUGAGGCAUUAUAGGGCCAGGCAUGAACAUGAAGUUCCAGAGACACCCAGGAUAAACUCAGCUACCAGGAAGCAGAUGCUGGAUGAGGCUCUGCUGAACUUCAUUGUGACGGACUGCCAGCCCCUCAGCAUUGUGGAGAGUGAAGGGUUCAGGGAACUGGUGCAGGUCCUUGAGCCAUCAUAUGUUUUGCCUACCAGAAAGACCAUCAAAAAAACACUGGAGAAAAAAUAUGAGGAGGAACGGGAACGAGUGAAAUUGGAAGUACAGCAAGCUGUGGCAGUGAGUAUAACAGCUGACAUGUGGACAUCUGUAAACAUGGAGGCUUACUUGGCUCUUACCUGUCACUACAUAAAUGAUAAUUUGCAGUUGUGUACAUCUGUGUUGGGUGUGCAAUACUUUCCACAAAGUCACACUGCUGACAAUUUGGCCCAGGUCAAAAGGGGCAUGAUGGCGGACUGGGCCAUAACUAAUAAAGUAAAGUGUUUUGUGACCGACGCAGCACCAAACAUGAUUGCAUCCACUAGACAGCUCCAAAUUCGACACUCAAUUUGCAUUGCACAUAGUCUUAAUUUAUUAGUUAGAAAAUCAUGUGACCAGAUCCCCACACUUGCAUCCAUCAGACACAAAGCUAGGCACAUUGUCACAUACUUCAGAUCGAGUACUACAGCUAAGGAGAAGCUUGCUCAGGUGCAGCAACAGAUGGGACGGCCAACCCUGAAACUCAUCAAUGAGGUGGCAACACGCUGGAACAGCACAUAUGAAAUGCUGUCAAGGCUACAUGAUGAGAAGGAGUCAGUGUGGGUAUCUCUGGCCUCUCUAAAAACAGAUUUGACUCCACUUACAGCUGAUGAGUUUGACAUCAUAGGAGAAACACUUAUUGUGCUUGCUCCUUUCCAUCAAGCCACAGUGGAGUUGUCUGAGGAGAGGCGAGUGUCAGGGUCAAAGGUCAUCCCGAUGAUGAAAAUGCUCUACGUUGCACUAGAGCAUAGUGCUUCAACCUUGCAAACACAGGCAGCCAAACACCUCCAUGAAAAUUUGAAGCGUCGAGUCACAGACACUGCUUCCAAUAUGGAGUCAUUAAGUGUGUUGACCCUAGCAACACUUCUUGACCCCAGAUUUAAAUCACUCGGGUUCCGCAAUUCUUUUAAAUUGAAUGACGCCAUCAUUCGGCUACGUUCCGAAUGUGCGUCUGUCAUCGGACGCACAAAUGAGCCCCUGCCAGGACCAUCUGCAGAACAGCUGUCUGCACCCACUUCAGGCAUUUAUUCAGCAUUAUUUGUUUGUUGUUGUUUGAAAUCAUGUAAUAAAAUGCAUAUUUUUUGUUUUUAAGAUAACCUUUGGAAACAUCUGGAUAUGGAAGUGGGAAGGCAGACAAAAAAACUCUACUGCAGAUGCCAUACAAGAGGUCCAACGUUACCUGGCAGAGGGAAAUGUAGCUAGGUCCCAGGACCCAUUGAAAUACUGGGACCAACAGAAGACCACCUUCCCAAACCUCUUCCAACUAUCACUUCAUUUCCUCUGCACUCCCGCCUCCUCUGUGCCCUGUGAGCGGGUAUUUUCUACAGCCGGGGAAAUAAUAACCAAGAAGAGAAAUAGGCUAAAAUUUAAUACAUUGGAAAAACUGGUUUUUUGAAUAAAAAUAUGUAAAUAAAAACAACAAAAUCCCAGUCCACAAGCAUCAUCAUUCACAACACGUUCUCUUAGAUUUCCAUGUUAUGAUACAUGUUCACAUUAUUUAUUGACUGUAUCUAAAAAAGAUACAAAUAUAUUUUUAUUUAAAUGAAGAUAUGAAAUAAUCCUAAAUUAAAUACAAUGACUUGAUUUAUAUUAUUGUAUAUG